GGAAAAGAACACCCUCAACAUCAGUUCAAGCAGACACCGGCGGCUCAACCAGCUGUGAGAUCCGCCGAGUGUUUUUGAGACUUAGUCCUGCGAGAGCGACAACUUGGAUUAGCCGUAGCACUCGUCUGUGUGCCUGCUGUUGAAGAUGGCUCAUUCGUCGAGUCCUGUUCCCAGCGCCCGAACAGAGGCGUUUCAGACCGCUGUUGGGCCUGAACAUCAAGCAGACCGCAUCGUCGCCGUGCUCAAGGUCAGGACAAACUGCGACUCAACACGAGACUGAAAAGGGCUACAUGAUGGCAUGACGCUCUACAUUGGAUGGUGUUUUCUUCUGUGUCUCGACAUCAGUCGUGGGAUCGUCAGGGUGACGGCAAAUUCACACUGGAAGAAGUCGCGCUGGCCGCCAAGCAGCUCCACGGGUAUGUAUGCACCAUGCGGAGGCUCAGUCAGCCUCGCUGCAUCUUCUCUCCCUGGAUGGCCUGCCUGCCACUGUGUGUGUGUCAGUGAGCGGCAGAAGAACAAGAGCUACCGGGUGGCCAUCAUCGCGCUCGUCUGCCUCUGGGUCGUCACACUCGCCGCUGUCCUGGCACUCGUCAUCGCCGGCGUACAACGUGAGCCAGUGGGACGCAGAACGAUCGAGGGAGGGAGUUUCUCUGUGUGCGUUUGUGUAUGCGUGUGUGUCAGUGAUGAAGGAGGAGACGGUCCAGGAGGGCAUCGGGAUGUCCGUCAAAGACGGCGCACCCGUCCGUAAGUGACAGCCCAUCCACCCCCUCACCUAACGGACCGUGGCUCUUUGCUCAUUUGUGUGUGGCGUGGGGUGGCUUGGUGGAUGUGUGAUGUGCGCAGGCGUCCAGUCUCACGUCGACACGUGGUCGAUUCCCGAUAUGUAUGCGUUCGACCUCGAGCCCUUCGAGAAGAUACACUCAAUAUCCCUCCAGGUGACUCACCCACCACCACCUACUACACACACACCUCCCAGACUCUCUGAACGUGUUCGUGAUCUACGUAUGUGUGUGUAUGGCCCUCAUCCAUCCAUCCAUCCAACAUCUGUCAGCUCAAUGAGGAGGACCAGGCUUUGUUCAACGUGGAUUACGUCAUCAAGCGUGCCAACCACACCGAGGUCUAUCUAUCCGGCGGGCCAAAGCUCGUCGUCAAGAGGGGUGAGACACACGAGCAGGUCACAUGGACGCGAUGCGUCAAGCCAAGCAACGAUCCCAUGUGGUGUACGGUUGCUUAACGAUGCCCAUCAGACGAGGCGAUAGUGUACGAUAAGGACGGCAACGUGCUGCGUACGCUCGAGUAUGAGGGUUACCACGACUACGAAAACCAGGAGGAGCGCCGGCGGCUGCAGCCAAGAGGGUUCUCCCCGCGCAGGGCACCAGAGCUCGGCGGCAAGGGGCGAGCAGUCGCCUGGUGUAACCCUUACAGAUGCGGCGCCGUAGGAGGUCAGCAAACAACCACCUGGCCCACGCGGCACGAACCAGACAGACCAACACAGAGACAGACAGACAGACAGACACUUGAGCACGACCCCAGAACGCCUAACUGGCCACCUAUCUGCGUGUGCAUGUGUGUCACUCAGCCAAUGUGGAGAUCUACAACCCUCGUCGUUACUACUGGUACGCCCGAAUCGAUCAAUCCGAGACGAUCAUACAACAUUUGUGUGUGAUGUACAAACGUCCGUGUGUGUGGCAUUCAGGGCUACUGGGACGGCCGGUCGUACGUUCCAGCCCAGGGGGCCCCCCACGAAGCGCUUCCCGCAAGGAUUUCCCAUCGGCUACGAUACGGGCGGAUACUGAUGUCAUAUGUGGGUAGUACAAGUCAGACGGCGAGCAUGCAUAUGGGUCUACUCUGACUCUGGCUCUGUGUACGCCUCGGGGUGGCGUUUUUCGUCGGGACCUGGUGGGUCGAUGAUCUGUCGGUCGUGAUGGCGUGGGGGGUGAAUACUGUACGUGUCUGAGUACGCUGGCUGUCGAAAGGACUGUCGAUCCGUAUUUUUGUCUGUCUCCCUGUCGGUCGGUGGGUCGGUCGAUCGGUCGCGUGACGGUGUCUCCUCCUUUAUGAAAGGUGUGGAUGGAUGCAU